AUGUUCGUCCCCAAAGCAGCUGCUCCUGGCGCACGCAGCACUCGUCGGCGCCAGCGAACAAGCUCGGACGAUUCCGUCAAGCCGCCCAAGGCUAAACGACAGCGCUCGGUGCUACGGCAGAAAGAUGACUCCCCGUCAGAUGCCCAGUUAGCUGGUUUGCCACUGAGUGGCCCUGGCGAUGUGACCACGGAUUCGAUGGAAACGGAGUUUCACCUGCCUCUCCGAGGCAGCAAACAGACUGAGGGCCUCAAGAAUGACAAGGAGGGUGCAAUUCUUCUACCUCUUCGAUGUUUUUUCGGACCUGGCCACGGCCAUGCCUUGGCCCUGACGCGCUCCCAUGCAAUUGUAUGGCCCUACUCGGCACCCACUUCGUCCCCCUCCUCCUCGGAAACAUUCACUGUCUCGAUCCCCGAGUCAUGCAGAGACCACAACGGCCCAGUUCCACUUGGCAUCCUGUUGUCUACCGUGACAGGAGGACAUCCAGGUCUUCUCGUCCUCAUUCCUUCUACUGGUAAAAUAAUUUACUGGGAAACGGUGUCCAGCAUCGCGUCGCUGGGCUUGUCUCGACAAAAGCAAAAUGGUAUUCAGGGGUCGAUCUCUGGCUUGCUUUCUGGUGAACAUGCCAUAGAUAUCAUGAACGGCGAGCCCUCUGGAAUCAUUGCGACAUUUUCUUCCGGACGAGUGGCGCACAUUACCGUGAGGGAUUCUCAAGGGAAACCCUCUGUGCUUGUCAAUUUCCUUCGCAGCACAGUCGGUUCUGGGGGUGGCGGGUUUCUCGGUGGAAUCAAGAAUGUUCUCGGGGGUGGCUCCUGGAGAAAAGAGGUCACCGCCGUGCGAACGGGAGCCUGCCAUCAACGAGGCCAGCGAGAUGUGGUUAUUGUGACUUCGACUGGUCUGCUCGAAAUCUGGGAUACGCACUGGAACCAUGGCAACGCCCUGAAAAAACGAUACGAUGCUAAGGACGAUAUCGCAGCCGCGAUCGCUCAGAAUCAUGUGAAUACGACUGGUGAACUAGACCUCAAGGUCAUGGAUUUUGCUUUUCCUGCGCAGCAGCAGGCCUUCGAUGAGAACACCUCUCCGGUUUCUGAAGAAUCAUGGCGGCUUUUCUUGGUUGUUGGUUCUCCUCAAUGGUUAGAAUCCAAGAGACUCUUCCUGGUCCAGAUCUGUUUGUCCGGGAGUGAAUGUCGGAUUCUAUCAACACACCCCGUGGACCUUCACAGUGUGCCUGCGGGGCUGAACGAAUUCAAGCCGAAGAUAUUUGUUCCCCGGUCUGAGGAGUCCGCUUUCAUCCUACUCGGACAGUCUCUGAUCAUGCUGUCGCUCACGAGUGUGGAGGAGACACCCAGCUCGCAAUUGCUUCUGGACUCCAACAAAUCACUGUCUUUGCAGGACACCAUUCACUUGCGAUCGGGCAAAGACUACGAAAUCCUCGGUUGUGGCUCAGAAGACGAGCCUAGUGGGGAUUCGUAUGGCGCUUGUGUCCUCAUGGUUCGGAACUUUGGCGUUCUUCGCGUCACCGUAUUCCCUCGCGAUCAGGUAGAGGGCGAUGUUGAAGAGGCCCAGGCGACCGCCAAGCACAAGCUCGAGCAGGCAAUUUUCUUUGGCACAAUGGCUAAGAACCCUUUGAACCUUGCAGGCGAGAGUGGGUUUGACUUCUCUCCUGCUGAAAUCGAGCAAGCCGCUCUUGAGAUUUGCCAUGAGACGAUGCGAUCAGACUCCAAAUUCAUUCCGCGUACAGCGAUUUCCAUCGAACAGAACUUGCGGUUAAGAGCGAAAGCCCUCGAUGAUCUGAUCUCCCUACUAUGUCGCAAAGGCAACCCUCUCAGCCGCCCAGCCCGAUGGGAAUUGUUAUGGGCUGCCGAAAAGAUCGCUGCCCAGAAAGCCAUGUGGAAAGUUGGAGAAUCUUUCAGAGGAGAAGGCGAGAAGCCUUUUCUCAACACUGUAAUUGAGUCGAUGAAUGAUCGGUUCAAAACAAGGCUUGAUCCCCAGCAGGGCGAAACUGACCCCGUACGCCAAUGGUUCCUGAAAGAUUCCUUUCAAAUGGAACACAUCAUUCCAUGGAUCAUGAAAGCGAUCAAACCUCGGAGAGGCAACUCUUCGAAACAAGCUCGGAAGCUGUCAGAGCAAAUACUGGAGGCCAGUGAGAUUUCACUGGCGAUUAUGGAGACCGCCUUCCGAUACCGUGAUGAACACGCCGGAUUGUAUGGACUCGGCGAGGAUUUUCUGGAGGAUGGUGUCUUGGCCGAUGGCUAUGAGGAUCUCCCCGAGUUCUGGACAUCGAAAGCAGUCGGUUACACCGAAACAGGGCAUCUGCUCGACUGGGAGCUCGACAGCUGCCGGGCGUGGAUUCAGCAACGGGCGUCAAAUGCGGACGGGCCGGACGCGCAGGUCUUGAAAAAUAUUGCGGGAAAUAGUGCCCGGCAUCUGCGCGUACUCGGCCAGAUGCAUUGUGAAAGAUUUCGCUGGCUAGCUGCCCAAGAAGACCCCCAACUCGUGGAUGAAAGCGCCUCCAUUGAGCAAACGCAUACCAAAGAGCGCAAGUGGCAGUUGUUCAAGCUGGCGGGCAUUGGGCACCUCCAGGACGCACUCAGUCUAGCAGAAAGAUUCCGGGACAUGGAGGCUUUGGUCGAACUCGUGAUCGAGCUUCAGGAUCAAAUGAAGAACCAAGGCUCCUCCGCGGAUGCCGCCCCCAAUGGGGACCGUGAAGGCGUUGUUGAGCAAAGAAUCUCACAGUAUUUUGAGACGUUCGGCGAACCAUGGGCCAACGCGUAUUUCUCGCGGCAAAUCUCGAUGGGGCACCCUGGGGCGUUGCUCUCCAUGAGAAAAUACCAACCUUUUGUGACCCGUUUCCUACGGAAGAGUCCAGCUUACUUACGGCUGAGUUGGAUCAACGACGUGGUGGGCGAGGAUGACUAUGAUACCGCUGCAGCGUCCUUGGAGCAACUGGCUCUCAGCAGUGAAACAAACCUUUGGAGCCACCAGGUGGAGAUCUCGCUCGCGAAACUCGGUCGACUCGCUUCAUGGGAGCGGUCUCAAACUCAAGACCCUCAUCCUGCUUCACGGGAAGACAUCCAGCGUCUUGACGAUCACACCGCGAUCGAUGUGAUCCAGCAAGAUCUCUACAACUACAUCCGGCCGGUGUUUGAAGGUGCAAUUGACAAGAAGGCAGAAGUUGAGCUGGCCCUGGAUUAUUUCGGGAGCUAUCUUUCGGAGGACCGACCUUCCCUUCACGAGAUCCUGAAUGAAGCUCUCACCACGAUGAUCAACCGACAGGUGGUUGGCGCUGAUGACCUCCUGGAUCUGUUGACGCUUAUGGAUCCUGCGCGGACUUCUGAAGACAAGGACAGCGAGACCCACCACGAAGUUUUCUACCAAGCACUACAAGUUCUGGAGCGCGGACGCUACGCUCAGCAGAAUGUGUCGUUUGAGUCGGCUUUGCGGAAGUUGAUCUGGCGGCGGUGCAUGAUCCGUGAUGACUGGGAGGCUCGAGGGAAAGCGGCCGAGGAAGCAAACGGCAAUUCCGAUUCGUCUGCCACCGAGACCGCUCUCCAUUACACGCUGAGCCUCUGCUUGGAAAACCGCGAGAUGACCGGCCCAUCUCUCUACCAACCUCUUUCCCCGGCCGAGGCUCUGAUGAGUGAGUCUGAAUCGGAGGUUCUGGUCUCACGCUUCCGCCCAGAGCAACGGGCUCGCAUUGCCCUGGACCUCCAGCGGGAGGACGAUCUUCUCCGCCAGUACAUCGAAACCGGCAAACUCGAUUUCUGGUAUCAAAAUCUCCUAGCCUCUGCCGACGCGCGAUCCUCCGCGUCCCGUGCCACCGACGCCACCUCCGGGGAUGCGAGGGCGCGAUUGACCUGGGUUUGA